AUGGUUGCGACGUGCAGGUGCGGUGAGCAGCGACAGGUACCGACGGCUGAUGGCUGCUGCCUACAGUGUGACGUCCCGUGCCGUGCGGAGCGCCGGAUGUGCCAGAAACUCACGUGCGAUAAUCGGAACUUCAUUUUUCCCGCAGACUCGUGCUGCCCAACGUGCGGUUGUCGUUACGAGGGCGAACUAUACGCACAAGGUCCUUUUGGGAACAAAUGCGACGCAUGCGUAUGCGACAAUGGACUGGUCACGUGCUCACCCACGCCGUGCCCACGCCCUGCUCUGCAAUGUGUGGACCCCGUGCGUAAUGAAACCACGUGCACGUAUGGAUGCCCAAACGGGAAAACCUGCACUGACGGAGAACGCGUGAUUCGAUAUGGGCAAACCAUAGAUACUGGUGACAAGCUGUGCACGUGCCUGGGCGAGUGGUUCCCGAACGCUUUCUGCGCUGCCAAGGCACUUCCAUGUACAGUGACAAAGCUCCAAGCCGAGGCUUGCGUUGGUGAACCAGUGAUCUAAUGAAUAAACGGCCUUCAGCCUGGCUCCCGUUCUUACCCAUCCGGUAUUAAAUGGAAGCUGCAUUGAAGGCCAGACCAGACAAUAUCCCUUCUCUUGUUCAUGUAUCGUUAUCAGAUUUCUGUUUGUGUACGGCAGCUUUGUGUUACAAAAUGCUGCAACUGGCAAAAACCAUGCUUCAUUGUCUUCAGUGGUUCUGUUUUGUCUGUUGAGAACUGUCUCACGUUGUGUUUGCUUAUUUGCUGUCCGUUUUGUUUUCUUUCUUGUGGGUAAAGCUAUUUAUCUUCUCAUUUAUUGUGUAAUAAUACACAUUUCUAUGCAUUAUAAGUUGUAGUAUACUAGUAUCAUGUGGGAAUA